AUCUGAACCAAAGGAGGGAUCCGAUCGAUCCGAUCCGAUCGGACAGGAUGGAGCCCCGUCGCGGUCUCCCCUGCUGGCUCCUGCUUGCAGUCGCGGUGGUCGCCUGGGCUCCCAGAGUGGGCUGCGAAUCCGAUCCUCCUGACGUGGUAUUCCUGCCAGCUGAACUAAAAGUGCUCAACGGCCCAGAGUGUUUCCGCCUGCAGCGUACGGAUCGUUACUUGCCAGGAAAUGCCUCCCUCAGCUCCCGGUCGGAAACCUUCCUCUUCCUCCACCGUCGACUCACAGGGAAGCCCACCAUCCAAGCUGCCUACCAGCCUUUCACUGCCCAGCAGGCGGUGCCAUCUGACAACUCCCAGUACACAGACAGCUCUGCAGCCUGGGACAUCCGGGCUGUGUCCAUCGAAGGCACUGUGUCUCCUUAUGAGCCAUACACCAGAGUCCUCUUCCACCUCCAAGGGCAGGACUGGAUGUCGGAGAAGCAGGCCUUGCCGUGCAUCACCCUGCACGUCUUCCACCAGGCCCAGGUGGUUCACCGGGCCUGCCACCUCCAGGCACCCUUGGGUGUGUGUGUGGUAGAGCUAGAGCUUCCGGCUCACUGGUUCUCUCCUCCACCUGUGGGCACCAGGCAGCGCAAAUCAGAAGAUUCGAAUAUCACCCCUCUUCGAGCUGAACUGUACUAUAGCCUGGAGGCCAUGUUGCCUGGGAAGAUACCCGGAGACUGCCCUCACAUGCGGAUCCAAGAAAAGCCACGUCCGGGCAGUGAGGGCAACAAGGAGAAGCUGCGCUAUGUGGGACCUGUGGAUAUCCGAGUGAUGAGCCCACCACGGCGCCAGGAAGUACGGUUGGAUGACAAUGUGAUGGUCCGGGUUCCCGACAUGGCCCUGCGCCCGGGGCAGCUCUUUACAGCCACCCUUAUUCUGCAGCAAAACUUCACUGCAGAUAUGCUGACCCUCCGAAUCAAGGUGAAGAAAGGGCUACAAGUCCUGGCUGCCCGUCUUGCUAGUCCAGAGGCUUGGACGGCAAAGCUGGACAAGUUCAAAGGUGCCAAACACCACACCGCGCUAGUGACCUGUCGCCGUUCCAUUGGCAGUGGGUUGGACUGGAGGGCAACAGAUUCCCCAGAGUUCCUGUAUCUUGAUUUUGUGGUGGAGAACAGUACAGGCGGUGUGGCUUCCACACGUCCUGUCACCUGGCAGGUGGAGUAUCCUGGUCAGGACCCUGAAGCUGAGAAGGACAAGAUGGUGUGGGAGAUCCAAGUAUCAGAAAGAGAUGUGCGGGCCCUAGUUCCACUGGUGAAGGAACAGGAGAUUGUGAACACUGCACUCCUCACAGGAAUCCCUCACUCAGUGCCUGUGAAGCUGGUUGUGGUAGAGACAGGGGGAGCGGUGUCAGAGGUACUGGAGCAGAUGGGUUGUGAGUCUUCUAACAAGCAGGUCCUGCAGGUGUCAGAUGUGUGUGAUGCAGUCUAUGUAGGAGGAAAAGAGAGCCGAGGGGCACGUGGUGUCCGGGUGGAUUUCUGGUAUCGUCGGCUACAUGCUUCACUGUUGUUUACAGUCUGGGCCCCGCUACUUCCUCUGCGCAUUGAGCUGACAGACACUUCCUUGGAGCAGGUGCGAGGCUGGAGAGUACCUGGCCCAGCCCUUGACAGCAGCCUAACUGAGGCUGAAGACGGUGCAGAGGAAGCUGAAAGGAGAGCUCGUGGCUGCCGGCUUCAGUACCAACGUGCUGGUGUCCGUUUUCUUGCCCAUUUUGUGGCUCACCCUCUAGAUGGUGGCCGUCAUCUGACCUACAUGCCAAGCUCCGAUUGGCUGCUGGAUGUCUCGCAUCUCGUGCAGAAGCAUGCCAGAAUCCAGGAUCCGCGAGUGGCCAUACUAGAAGGAGGAAGUGUGGUCAUUGGCCGUGAACCUGGCAUGACCUCUGUGGAGGUGCGUUCCCCCGUAUCUGACUCUAUCCUGGGGGAGCAGACCCUGGUGGUGUCUGAGGAGAAAGUCUCCAUCUCAGAGCUGCGGGCCCAGUUGGUUUCAGGUCUCUCACUGACUCUCUCAUCAGAGGUGGGACACCCAAAUAUCUUCACCGCCACAUGUCAAGGACUUUCUGCUUUGCGUUCCUUGAAGCAGGAAGCGGUGUUGAGCCUCUGGCUGGUGUUCACUGACCAUACCUUGGCUCCUGUAGAACUGUAUGGCUGGCAGGAUGCCGCACUCUCCCUUUCUUCUCUGAACCCUCACGUGGUCUCUGUGCGGCUGGAGGAGGAGCAGGCUCAGCCCAUGGUCGUGGCCGAGGGACCAGGCCGAGGGCCUCUUCUGCAGCUCAGCCUGCAUUCCCCGGACUCUUGCCGCAAGGGCAAGCACAGGGCCCCUCUUGCCCAAGGCACUGCGUGGCUGGAAGUGAACUUUGGCCAGCGCCUUCUUACAACGAGCACCCCACAGCAACAAGACACCCAUCUUCACGGAGAGCCCCCCUUCCAGCGAGCAGAAGGUGCCAUGUCAGGUGAAGCAGUGACGGUUGCCGCGGUCACAGAGAGUGGAAAGGGGUCGAGGAGACGUGGCUCAGGGGGAGUGGGGCCGCCGAUUACCAAAUUUGAGGGACCUGGUGGGAGCUCUUACGAGGAUGUAGGACAGUUGGAAGAGGAGGAGGAGGAGCAAGAGGAAGAGGAAGAUGAGAUGGUGAAGGCCCCUGCAAGAGUGACCGAUCUGGAGAUAGGUAUGUACGUCCUCCUGGGUGUUUUCUGCCUCGCCAUCUUCAUCUUCCUCAUCAACUGUGUAGUCUUUGUCCUUCGCUACCAGCGCAAGGAGCUUCCCGAGAGUGGGUCAGGCCCAGGCUCUUCCACCCAACAGCCUCACAACUGGGUCUGGCUGGGCACUGACCAAGAGGAGCUGAGCCGGCAGCUGGAUCUGCGCCACCCGCACUGCAAAGACCAGCCCCAGGACCCUUCCCGCACCAGUGAGAAGUGCUCUUGCUGCUGCACGGGACCAGAAGGGAAGAUGGAGGCUGUGGCCCAAGAGAGCCCGGCUCCACUUCCAGGGCCUGAAACAGAAACCUUAUUGGUUUCGGGCAGUGCCUUGGGCUCGACGGCCCACGGAAGCCCCGCCCUGACCACCACUUUGUCUCGGAAGAAGGAAGGCAGGGAGGUGGGCGGGCGCCGGAAGCGUGUGGAGUUUGUGACCUUCGCCACUCCUCCGGGCUCUGCUCCCAGCCCCCCUGCCUCUGCGCCGGCUGUGCAGUCCAUCCUGGUGGCCAGCGAAGAUGACAUCCGCUGGGUGUGUGAGGACAUGGGGCUGCGUGACCCAGAUGAGCUGCGCAGCUACAUGGAGAGAAUCCGGGGCAGCUCCUGACCUCAGGCUCUCCCAUCCAUACCCAUCUGGGCAAAACAAUAAGGGAUCAGCGCAAUUGAUCCUCCCUUGGGUGCUCUCCUAGGGUCAUCAUCCAGCUGGUCUUUCUACCUUUUUUUACCUUUUAGAGAGGGGCUGUACACAACCAGCCUCAGGCUGCUGCUGUGCUACAGGGGGAAACUGGGCCAGAGAUACUCCUGCUGGUCUCUAUGUUAGAGAUCUCCUUCCUUGGCCAUACUACUAAGCCCAUCCCCUUUUCAUUCUGGAGAGGGAUUUUUACAGGUCAGAAUCGACCCCCUCCUGUUUUUCUUUCUUUCUCUCUUAGAGGAGGUGGACCGCUCCCUCCUGGGGAAGUAGAACCCAUGUGUCCUCAUGGAUUCUCCCCACUUCCUAUCUUACAAGAAUGAUUUCACUGGGCGCAGGUGAGAGGUGGCAGACUGGAAAGCCGCUGCAUAUAUUGCCAACUAUGAUGUGCUCUGGGAGGGAACACAGGGGGCCUCUUCCGGGACCUCCCUUAUUGCUUUGACUUUCAUUGCCAGUUUGUGUCCAUUGUGAUGGUUUUAACAGCGAGUGUCCUUCCUUCCUUCCUGUGGUCUCCUGAGCCUCUUCCCUUACUCUAACCCUGCCCUCUCCCCCAUCCCUUCAAAGCCAGGCAAAAGAGAAAGAGAGAGAGCUCCAGCGAGCCCUGGUCCUUUCCCACCACUACCACCACCUGCUCUGGCUGCGUGCCUGGUGUCCUUAACGGUUUUUGUACGAUCGCUCACAUUUUAUACCUGUAGUAUUUGGGAGGCUGCCAAGCAAGUCCUUUAUUUAUGGAAGAUUUUUAAUUCUUACAUUGUUAAAAAAUGAAAUAAAUAAUAAUUUAAAAGAAGCAAGCAAGCGUUUCGUUGUGUUGUGCUUUGGGACUAGUUUACAUUUUCUUUGCAAUGGGUGGGGCCUGUUUAAAUCAUUGCUGAGAGGUGGGAAACUCCCUUUUUUGACCCACAGUUGACCCAAGAAUUCCCCAGCCAACAUAAACACAGGCCAUACUGCUGAGGGAUUCCAGGAGUUAGAAUCCCAAUUA